AUGCCCAGGGAUGAAGGACAAGAGGCUCUUUUGGCUGAUCAUGAUGGCCUCGAAGGGCCAGAAACGCACACCCUUCCCUCGGACUCCUCUGGCCAAGAACAUGAGCUUGUAACCCACCCAACCCCCGUCUCUCCCCCGAAUGCGCCGCAGCAGCCCUCCAUAUUCCAGCCGCUUCCAAACGGACAACGGCGCACUCCUCGUACCACGAAUCGUGUUCGGUUUGACCUUGAUGAUGAUGCAGAGGAUGAGCGUCAUUCAGCCGGACAUGCCCACAAUCCGGAAGACUCGUCGUGGCUGGAGGAAGAGGACUACGCUCGUGACAGUGGAGGAGCUGCCAGGGGGCAAACGGUUCCUUUGUUGACAGACAUAGAGGCACCGAGCGUAACCCUUGCAACUUCCGAUGACUUCUUUCCGGAGGAGUAUCUAGAGGAUGCUAGGCCUCGGAGUGGAAUGCGAAUGGCAUUUAUGAACAUGGCCAACAGCAUCAUUGGUGCUGGGAUCAUAGGACAACCCUACGCGCUUAAGCAAGCAGGUAUGAUAAUGGGUAUGGCGCUGUUGAUUGUGCUUACAAUUGCGGUGGAUUGGACAAUUCGCUUGAUCGUGAUCAAUUCUAAAUUGAGUGGUGCGGAUUCGUUCCAGGCAACAAUGCAACAUUGCUUUGGCAAGAGUGGCCUCAUAGCUAUUUCUGUUGCGCAAUGGGCUUUUGCCUUCGGAGGUAUGAUUGCAUUUUGUAUUAUUGUUGGAGAUACAAUACCGCAUGUUUUCAGUGCUUUAUUCCCCUCACUUCGAGACAUGUCAUUCCUCUGGCUGCUGACCGACAGGCGGGCCAUCAUUGUGAUUUUUGUUCUGGGGGUUUCAUACCCGCUGUCACUGUACCGGGAUAUCGCGAAGCUGGCAAAAGCAUCCACUCUGGCUUUAGUAAGCAUGGUAGUGAUUUUGGUGGCUGUAAUCACCCAAGGGUUCCGUGUUCCAUCAGAAUCUCGGGGAGAAGUGAAGAGUAUACUGCUAGUCAAUUCGGGUUUCUUCCAGGCUGUCGGCGUGAUAUCAUUUGCUUUUGUUUGCCAUCACAAUAGUCUUUUAAUCUAUGGCUCUCUGAAAAAACCAACCAUGGAUCGUUUUGCAAUGGUGACCCAUUACUCAACUGGCGUUUCACUCGUGAUGUGUUUGGCCAUGGGUAUCUCUGGCUUUCUUUUCUUCGGCUCGAAGACCCAGGGUAAUGUACUCAACAACCUCCCGUCAGAUAACAUUAUGGUAAACAUCGCACGAUUUUGCUUUGGCCUAAACAUGCUCACUACCUUACCCCUGGAGGCGUUUGUAUGCCGAUCAGUCAUGACAACCUAUUACUUUCCGGAGGAACCGUUCAAUAUGAAUCGACAUCUGAUAUUCACGACUGCACUAGUUCUGACUUCGAUGAUCAUGGCUCUCAUCACCUGUGACCUGGGUGCCGUAUUUGAGUUAAUCGGGGCAACCAGUGCCGCUUCUCUAGCAUAUAUCUUCCCCCCUCUUUGCUAUAUCAAGCUCAGCAACAGCAGCCGCAAAGCCAAAGUCCCAGCUUACUUGUGCAUAGCCUUUGGAGUGAUUGUUAUGGGAUCCCCGAGUGCCUUCCGGAAAGAAGUCUACUAA